AUGAGUUACGCAUACCUGUUUAAAUACAUUAUCAUCGGCGACACGGGUGUCGGUAAGAGUUGCCUACUAUUGCAGUUCACAGACAAACGUUUCCAAGCCAUACAUGAACUCACGAUUGGGGUCGAGUUUGGUGCUCGACUGGUGGGAAUCGACGAUCGUCAAGUCAAGCUGCAGAUCUGGGACACUGCAGGUCAAGAAUCAUUCCGUUCCAUCACCCGGUCAUAUUAUCGCGGGGCAGCUGGAGCUCUGCUUGUAUACGAUGUAACUCGGCGUGAAACUUUCAAUCAUCUCACACGAUGGCUAGAGGAAGCACGUCACAACGCUAACACAGAAAUGGUUGUAAUGUUGAUCGGGAACAAAUCUGAUUUAGAACACCGCCGUGCUGUCAGUACUAAGGAGGGUGCGGACUUUGCCGCUAGAAAUGGCCUUAUCUUUAUGGAGACUUCCGCAAAAACGGCGCGAAAUGUUGAGGGCGCUUUCAUCCAAACAGCCCACAAAAUAUAUGAAAACAUACAGAAAGGUGUGUAUGAUGUCACCAAUGAUUCCCACGGGAUCAAAGUUGGGGCUCACUCAAGUUCAGCCGCUUCGGUUCCGGGCGCAGCCUCUGGUACAGCAGGCUGCUGUUGA